CGGGGCGCCCGGGCAUCCGGCACGGAGCAGGCAGCGGUGCGGCGGGCGGGCACAGCGCCCACAGCUGUAAUCCAAUCACCCUCACAGCGACAGUCACCAGGAUGGAGCCCUGGGCGGACACGCUGCGGCGGCUGCGGGAGACGGUCAGCUCGGGGCGGGCGCGGCCGGCCGAGUUCCGGAAGGCGCAGCUGCGGGGCCUGGAGCGGUUCCUGCGGGAGAACCAGGAGCUGCUGCGGGAGGCGCUGACCCACGACCUGCGCAAGUCGGACUUCGAGUCUGAGUUGUCUGAGGUGCGAAUCAGCCAGAAUGAGAUCAAGCUGGCGCUCAGGAACCUGCGGGCCUGGAUGAAGGACGAGAAGGUGCCCAAGAACCUGGCCACGCAGCUGGACUCGGCCUUCAUCCGCAAGGAGCCCUACGGCCUGGUGCUCAUCAUUGCACCCUGGAACUACCCGGUCAACCUCACCAUGGUGCCCCUGGUGGGUGCGCUGGCCGCAGGCAAUUGCGUGGUCCUGAAGCCGUCGGAGAUCAGCAAGAGCGUUGAGAAGGUCCUGGUCGAGGUGCUGCCCCGCUACCUGGACCCGAGCUGCUUCGCCGUGGCGCAGGGGGGCCCCGAGGAGACAGCCCGGCUGUUGGAGCACAAGUUCGACUACAUCUUCUUCACGGGGAGCCCGCACGUGGGCAGGCUGGUCAUGAGCGCGGCCGCCAAGCACCUCACCCCCGUGACGCUGGAGCUGGGGGGCAAGAACCCCUGCUACGUGGACGACGACUGCGACCCCCAGACCGUGGCCAACCGCGUGGCCUUCUUCCGCUUCUUCAACACGGGCCAGACGUGUGUGGCGCCCGACUACGUGCUCUGCAGCCCCGAGAUGCGCACACGUCUGCUGCCCGCCCUGCAGUGCUCCAUCACGCGCUUCUUUGGUGCCGACCCACAGGCGUCCCCCUGCCUGGGCCGGAUCAUCAGCGACAGGCACUUCCAGCGGCUGCAGCGGCUGCUGGGCUGCGGCCGUGUGGCCAUCGGCGGCCAGACUGACGAGCAAGACCGCUACAUCGCCCCCACGGUGCUGGUGGAUGUGCAGGAGACGGAGCCGGUGAUGCAGGAGGAGAUCUUCGGGCCCAUCCUGCCCAUCAUGACGGUGGGCAGCCUGAGCGAGGCCAUCGAGUUCAUGCAGAGGCGGGAGAAGCCCCUGGCCCUGUAUGCCUUCUCCAGCAACCGCCAGGUGGUGCGGCGAGUCCUGGCGGCCACCAGCAGCGGCGGCUUCUGCGGCAAUGACGGCUUCAUGCACAUGACCCUGUCCAGCCUGCCCUUCGGGGGCGUGGGGGCCAGCGGCCUGGGCAACUAUCACGGCAAGUUUUCCUUCGACACCUUCUCGCACCACCGCGCCUGCCUGCUGCGCCCGCCGGGGCUGGAGCCGAUCUACGGGCUCCGCUACCCACCCUACUCUCGCGGGCGCCUGAGGCUGCUGCUCAUGGCCAUGGAGACCCCCAGCUGCAGCUGCACCCUGCUCUGAGCCCGGGGGUGCCGCCGGCUCCCCUA